GCCGCCGCCCCUGCAGUGCCUCCCGCGAGCGCCACGCCUCCUGGUCCUCUUCGCCGACGGCCGUGCGCGGACACCAGAGAAAAUGGCUUCUGGUAAAGCUUAUAUUGGGAAACCUGCUCCAGACUUCCAUGCCACAGCAGUGGUGGAUGGUGCCAUCAAGGAAAUAAAGUUGUCAGACUACAAAGGCAAAUAUGUGGUUCUCUUCUUUUACCCACUGGAUUUCACCUUUGUUUGCCCCACGGAGAUCAUCGCUUUCAACGACCGAGUGGAGGAAUUCCACAAGAUCAACUGUGAGGUCAUUGCAGCUUCCGUUGACUCUCAGUUCACCCACCUGGCCUGGAUCAAUACACCAAGAAAGGAAGGGGGCUUGGGUUCUACAAAUAUCCCACUUGUGGCAGACAUCAGCCACAAUAUUUCCAGGGAUUUUGGAGUGCUCAAAGAAGACGAGGGCAUUGCAUACAGAGGCCUGUUCAUAAUUGAUGACAAAGGCAUCCUCCGGCAGAUUACUAUGAAUGACCUACCUGUGGGGCGUUCUGUGGAUGAGACCCUGCGCUUGGUGCAGGCCUUCCAGUUUACAGACCAGCAUGGCGAAGUGUGCCCAGCUGGCUGGCAACCUGGUGGCGACACCAUCAAGCCCAACGUGAAAGACAGCAAGGUCUUCUUUGCCAAGCAGCAGUAGGCGUUCUCUUCGGCACAGCCAUUGCACUCCUGAAGGAAUCGGGUUUGAAUGUGAAGGGAUUGUGCCUACUGAAUUUCCCCCCCACGUAGUUCUCUAGAAGGAAGAGAUCUUUGGGGAGAGCUGGGCUACGAAAGUUUCCUGCCAGGAGUCAUCCCUAGAAGUAGCUUGAAUGUAAGUUGGAGUAGGGCAUCCGUGCGAUUAUGUUUCAAUAAAAGCGGUGAUUAAAAUAAACA